AUGGCCAAGGUGGGACUGGCAUUUCUCUCUGCCAUCCUUGGAGUGGUCUUCGAUAAAGUGGUAUCUCCCAAAGUUGUUGACUUUAUGCAGGGAAGAAAGUUAACCGAAGGACUCCUGAGGAAAUUGAAGACAACAGUGUUGUCCGUGAAUGCAGUGCUCGAAGAUGCAGAGGAAAAGGAACAUACGAAGCCUUUUGUGAGAGAUUGGAUUGAUGAGCUGAAAGAUACUCUCUACGACGCAGAGGACAUUUUGGAUGAGAUUGCUACCAAAGCCUUGCGAUGCAAGUUGGAUGCUGAAUUCCAAACCACUACAGGAAAGGUUAGAAACUCCAUCUCUGCUUUCCUUAAUCCUUUUAUCCAUCACCUAGAGCCAAAGAUUCAAGAGCUUCAAGUUACACUUAAGAAGAAUUUGAAUGGGAAGAAAUUUCUCCUUGUUUUAGAUGAUGUUUGGAGUGAGAAACCCAUUCAUCAGGAGCUCCUAGGCCAGCUACUACACUAUGGGGCUCAAGGAAGUAAGAUCCUUAUCACCACAAGGAAUGAAAAAGUUGCAUUGGCCAUGCACGCAAUUGCAACUCAUCAUCAUCAUUUAAAGCUAUUACCACAGGAUGUUUGUUGGUCCCUUUUUGAAAAACAUGCAUUUCUUAAUGGUAGUAGCUCCAACACAGAUCCAAAGAUAAGAGAAAUAGGUCCACAAAUUGUGGAAAAGUGCAAAGGUCUGCCUUUAGCAAUCAAAGCCAUUGGCGAUUUGUUGUGGUCAGAGUCAGAUGUCAAGAAAUGGAUGAAUAUAUUGAAGAGCGAUCUAUGGGAUCUUCCACCAGAGAAGACAACCAUUCUUCCAGCUUUGAGGUUAAGUUAUAAGUAUCUCCCCUCAGAUUUAAAACACUGCUUUGCUUAUUGUUCGAUAUUCCCAAAAGAUUAUAUUUUUGAGAAAGAUCAAUUAGUUUUAUUAUGGAUGGUGGAAGGUUUCUUGCAACAAUUUGUAAUAGAAACUAUGGAAGAAGUUGGCAAUCGUUACUUCGAUGCUCUAGUAUCAAGAUCAUUAUUUCAACAAUCACUUAAAACAAACUCAGGUUUUGUAAUGCAUGAUCUUGUCAACGACUUGGCAAAAUUCAUGACUGGACAAUUUGGCUUUACGCGGUUGAAGGGUGAUAGUUCAAAAGAAAUUGGGAAGAUGACUCGCUAUUUAUUGUAUUUUGGUCGAAAUUCGGGUAACUUUAAGAAGAAUGAAGAGGAUCUUUACAAGGCCAAGCAGUUGCGAACUUUUCUAGCAUUAGAUUCUAUUAACAGAUUGCCCAAUUCCAUAUGUAUGCUGUGCAAUUUGCAAACGUUGAAGUUAUCGAAAUGUUAUAAUUUGGAUAGAUUGCCAAGAGAUAUGUGGAAACUCAUUAAUUUACGUCAUCUUGAAAUUGAUGGAACUCGUAAACUAAAGGAGAUGCCGAUACAAAUGGGCAAACUUAAAUGUCUCCAGACGUUGUCCAAUUUCAUCCUUAGCAAACACAGUGGGUCUUGCAUUGGAGAAUUGGGAAAACUGAUAAAUCUUCAGGGAAAGCUUUUAAUUCAAAAGCUCGAAUAUGUUAGAUCAGCCUAUGAUGCUUUGGAUGCAAGCUUGAAGGAUAAGGGUUACCUCGAGGAGUUGGUAUUAUAA